UGGUGAGUGGUUAGCACUGUUGCCUCACACCUCUGCGGCCCAGGUUCAAGUGUCCGCCUGGGUCACAUGUGUGUGGAGUUUGCAUGUUCUCCCCAUGUCGUUGUGGGGUUUCCUCCGGGUACUCCGGUUUCCCCCCACAGUCCAAAAACAUGCUGAGGCUAAUUGGAGUUACUGAAUUGCCCAUAGGUGUGCAUGUGUGAGUGAAUGGUGUGUGAGUGUGCCCUGCGAUGGGCUGGCCCCCCAUCCUGGGUUGUUCCCUGCCUCAUGCCCAUUGCUUCCGGGAUAGGCUCUGGACCCCCUGCGACCCAGUAGGAUAAGCGGUUUGGCAAAUGGAUGGAUGGAUGGAUUUUAUACUUUUAAAUGACAUUUUAUGACUGUUUUUUACAAGUUGAAUACUUGUAUUCGUGUAAUGUUAUAUAUUGCAUAAUUCUGUAUUGUAAUGGCUAAUAUUUGCUUCCUGUUUUCCUUUUAUGGAUAGUGUAUUACACUCUUACAUGAUUGUUUGUCGAGUUGAGGCUAAGCCACUGCUACAACUGCAGUUACUGCAUGUUGCUAGUAGGGACACCCCGACUUCUAAGCCAAAUCCUAGGUGAUAGUAGUGGGGUAUUAUCUUCACACUACUUAAAUAAAUAUUCACCGAGGUCAUUCAUCAUUGUUUUCACCAUCUACGUCCAAAUGUCUGGUGAACGUCAGUGAAUAAAGACAUUCUAAACACAUCUGCAAUUACCUUCAGCCGUAUAUAAAGCUAAAACAUCUGCAUGAAAAACACCCUAGUAAAUUCGAACUAGUGUUAGCCAGUGUAGUAAGGUGGCUUGGAAACAUGCUUGGCUGGGAAAUAAUUGCAGUGGAACCAAAUUCAAACCUAUGGUAAAGUAUCUUAUGGGUACGGCACUUUUAAUGAAGUUAAUAAUUAUCGCACAAAAACUCAGCCUACAUAUGAAUAUGAUCCGUGUUUCUCUAUCAGAUCUAGACUAUAGCAACAUACAUUAAUGUCGUGUUUUUCUUAAAGACAUACUCUUAUCACACAGCCCAACACUGCUUCUUCGGAAAUCUGCUUGAGCGAUAAAAUAACAUGAAAGAACAGCGUGUCCUAUCGGGCAGCUUCAGCGCUGACAGACGCCGGCUUUGCGUCAUUUCCGGUAUUAAGAGGACUCGAAGGAAAACGGCUUGGGGAGCACGUCGCAAAGUUAAGAGACGAAAUGGGUGUUGGUUGGUGUCCGCCUGUUCGGUCGUCAUAUAUUCUAGAGCGUCUGUCAUGCCCUGCGAAGUGAAGACCCGCUUUCUACUGCUCUACGGAUCCCAGCGUGGCCAAGCGCAGUCCAUAACCGAGGAGAUACGCGAUCAGGCGGAGGAGCACGGAUUCAUCGCGGACCUCUACUGUCUUAGCCAAAAAGAAAGGUAUGACCUGGAAAAAGAAAUUGCCCCCGUUGUUUUUGUAGUAUCUACCACUGGCGAUGGAGAACCUCCAGAUACCGCCCUGAAGUUUGUGAAGGCAAUAAAAGACAAGACCUUGGCCAGUGACCACUUCAAACAUCUACGCUAUGCUCUCUUAGCAUUGGGCGACACAAACUAUACAUAUUUCUGCGAAUGUGGGAGAACCAUUGACAGACGUCUGGCAGAACUUGGAGCCAAACGCUUCUAUGCUACAGGAUUCGCGGAUGAUAGCGUGGGACUGGAAAUAGUGGUGGAUCCGUGGAUCAAAGGACUUUGGGAAGCUACAAGAACAGCUUCAUCAGAGAUGUCCACUUCUGGACAAGAAACAGCUGGCUGCCUGGAGGCUGUACCAAACAGCGAUCUGGCAACCCCGGAGGAACCAAGUGGCAAUAACUCAGGGGGGAGUUUGAACAUCCACCUCCUCAGCCUCAGGGAUGUUAAUGGUCCAGCCCACGAGCUUUCAAAACGUGGACCAGCAGAGGAGAAGUCUGGAACAGAACAUACCAUACUGACCCUCUCUUUGCCCCCAUUGUCUGAGUCUGCCCUCAACGUGCCCACUCUGCCUCCCUCUUUCAUUGAUGUCCAGCUGCUAGAUGGCUCUGCAGUGGAGAAUAACGGGCCGUGUCGGAAGGAAGGCGUCUAUGAGGUACCCGUGACCUCAGCCGUUCAAGUGACCCGGGAGGACGCUGUGAGGACGGCCCUGUUGGUGGAGCUGGAUGUUUCUGAUCUCGACAUCCGCUACCAGCCCGGGGACUCAUUCGACGUGCACUGUCCGAACGGCCAGGCGGAAGUGGAGGACCUGCUGGGUCGCCUGGGUCUGGCCGGCUGGCAGAACCACGCCGUCCAGCUGCGGCUGCAGGCCGACACCAAGAAAAAGGGCGCGCAGAUUCCCAGUCACAUCCCAGAGAGCUGUUCCCUGCAGUAUCUCCUCACCUGGUGCCUGGAGAUCAGAAGUGUCCCCAAAAAGGCUUUCCUCCGGUCCCUGGUGGACUGCACAGCAGACCCCUCCGAGAGACGCAGGCUGCAGGAGCUGUGCAGCAAGCAGGGCUCGGUCGAAUACAACAGGCUCGUGAGAGACCCUGACCUAUGCCUGCUGGACCUCCUGUACGCCUUCCCCUCCUGCUCGCCUCCCUUGAGCCUCCUUAUAGAGCACUUGCCAAAACUGCAGCCGAGAUCAUACUCAGCAGCGUGCUCCAGCCUCCGUCACCCAGGGAAGCUGCAUAUUGUCUUCAACGUGGUGGAGUUUCCGCCAUGCCCUGGACGUCCCAUCAGCAGGAGAGGAGUGUGCACGGGGUGGCUGUCAGACAAAGUCUCACCCAUCCUCUGCCCACAUGGGGCGGCCGGACCCCCUUCAGGGAACCCUGACCUUUCUGACCCCCUGAAGGUGUGUGUGAGCCUCCGCCCCAGCUCUGCCUUCCGCCUGCCCGCUGACCCGUCCGUGUCCCUCAUCAUGGUGGGGCCUGGGACGGGCGUCGCCCCUUUCAUUGGCUUCCUCCAGCACAGGGAGAAACAACGGCAGCAGGACCGGGGGACAGCUUUUGGGGAGACGUGGCUAUUCUUUGGCUGCCGCCAUGAAGAUCGAGACUUUCUCUUCCGGGAGGAGUUGGAGAUGUUCCUGACGAGCGGCACCCUCACCCACCUGAAGGUCUGCUUCUCCCGGGACCCCCACGAAGGGGCAGAGCCCCCACCCAAGUAUGUGCAGCACAACCUCCGCCUUAACUCCCAGGCCGUCUGUGACAUCCUCCUCCGACAGAAAGGCUGCUUUUACGUCUGCGGGGAUGCCAAAAACAUGGCCAAAGAUGUCAACGACACCCUGAUCGACAUAAUUGGAAAGGAGCUGCAGGUGGAUAAGCUUGAGGCGAUGAAGGCAGUGGCGGGACUGCGGGAGGAGAAGCGCUAUCUGCAGGACAUCUGGAGCUGAGCGACUCGCUGGGCACCACGGAGGCUUUGCUGUGUUUUUAAUCUGAAGAAGACGCAGGGCAUCUGCAUGUGCGGCCUCGCCCAGCCGUGCCCUCUGGCUGUCAUUGCUUACGGUGCCCUGCUGCCUUCUGACUCCGGCACGCUGGUUUCUCCUCACAUCUUGACCUUCAUUUAUAUUCACGGGUCGGGUCACGCUUCUGUGAAGAGUACGACUGUGUCUCUCCGGGGAAUGCCGGGGUCACGUGAGGCCAACCUGCUUUUUUUUAAUUUUAUAUUUGGGGAGGGGGGGGGGGGUGGAGGGUAGUCGGGUUAGUUUUAUGAUUUUAUGAUAUCCUAUUCUUUUAGUUCAGCUUGUUCCUUAUGAGUAUAUAAUAAGUUUAUAAUAACUAUAUACGAGUAGAGCCGGGUGACACACUGGGCCACACUGUUCCCUCACACUUACAGCAGUGGGGAGGUGUGCGUGUGUGUGCGUGUGUGUGCGUGUGUGUGUGUGUGUGUGUGUGUUUCCUCUGGGCUCUCCUGUGUUCUGCAGCCCAGUGAUAUGCAGUUCCGCUAACCGACGUAUUUGAGUUGCCUGUAGUGUGUUUGUAUGCACCCUCUGAUGGACUGGCAUCCCAUCAAGGGUGUUCCCCUACCGAUGCUGCCUGGAAUAGGCUCCACCCUCAGUGACCGUAUCCACGACAAUUAGGAGUUGGGUGGAUAAGUACAGACUCUAAAGAAUUUUAAUCUAUAGACAAAAAUUUUAAGUGAUAUCAGACUUAUAACGUACAGGUGCCGCCCUACCUCUAGUCCUUGUCAUAUUUGGGCUUCAAUAUUUUUAACAACCUCAGCAUCAUAUUUCUUUAAAAAUCUAUAGCAGACGCAUAAAACCAGCCCUGUUGCACUGAUUGCAUGGAUUUUUUCCCCCUCAAGUCAUUGCUCCCCUGGGAGGGGUGCCGCUGAUCCUGCUUGGGUCCACUUCCCUCUAUGCAGACACCCUUCAGAACCCAAGACUACCAGAGGGUUUCAGCUGGUUGGUUCUAGAAAACCUUAUUGUUCCUACUGUAUCGUGUGCCUGAUUUCCAGACUUGCAUAGACGCAAAAGCCUGUCGAGGUAAAAUAUUAGACCUGUUUUGUUUGCACCAUUUAAUUUGCACCAUUACUCGAAGAUCUUGGGCUGGAAUCUAAGAGGAGUGCAUUUCUCUCACCUUCCGUGUUGCUCUGAAACUUCCUUUUAAUCAUGCAGUGCUUGCACAGGGAUAAGCAGAUAACCUGCCUUAAGCUGGGCGUCUGCCGGAGUGGCAGACAGUCGAUAGUCGGCCACAAAGCGGCCAUUGUGCAGUGAUCUGUGAGCGGUAUUUAAAGGGGGUUCAUACAACAUGCACUGCUCACCCAUAAUGGUUUACAGACCUCCUUUGGAGAACUCACACAUUCUGCCAGUUAAAAGUGCCUUUAGGCCGAUCUGUGUUUCUACUUUGAAAUUAGUGUACAGCAUCUGUGAUUUCUUUUGUGCCUCACUGUGUGAGCGGUGUCACGUUUCGGUUUGCUUUUUAGCCCUCUUGUUUUUCCAUUUAAAGACACCGCAACAUGGAACGGCCUUUUAAUUCUGUGUGAAACAUGGCGCCUUGUCUCUGGAGAAUAAGAAAUAAAGCGAAUCCUCGUGUUAGCAGCCCGUCA